CAUCUUUGGUCGUUUGUCAUUACCAUGAACAAGAAAAUUUUUUUCCUUAUAAUUUUGUUUCAAAUUUUUAGCUUAGUGUUAUCAUCAAGCCCCCAAAAAUAUGAGUCAAUUUUUAACUUUGGUGACUCUCUUAGUGACACCGGUAAUUUCCUUCUCUCCGGUGCCCUUGCAUUUCCGGUCAUUGGCCAGCUACCCUAUGGUGAGACCUUCUUUCAACACGCAACAGGGCGGUGCUCUGACGGACGUCUUAUCAUUGAUUUUAUUGCUGAGGCAUUUAGCUUGCCAUAUUUGCCACCUUACCUAGCAGUAACAAAUCAAAGCCAGAGUUUUCAGCAUGGAGUAAACUUCGCGUUUGCUGGAGCUACUGCACUCAAUGCAGAGUUUUUCUACGAACGAAACAUCGGAUCAAUUUUAUGGACUAAUAAUUCCUUGAACGUUCAGCUUGGUUGGUUCAGGAAGCUGAAGUCCACCCUUUGCUCCAACAAAGAAGCCUGUGAUGACUUCUUCAGGAAAUCGCUUUUUCUGGUUGGAGAGAUUGGUGGAAAUGAUUAUAAUUACGCAUUCUUUCUUGGUGGAGGCAUUAAAGAGCUUCAAGCUAUAGUUCCUCUGGUCGUUGGAGCAAUUGCUAAUGCUACCAGUGCUCUGAUAGAGGAAGGUGCAGUAGAGUUGAUGGUGCCAGGGAACUUGCCCAUUGGUUGCUCAGCUGUUUACUUGACCUUGUUUCAGAGCCCUAACAAAACAGACUAUGACCGCCAUGGUUGCUUGAAGGAAUAUAAUGCUUUCGCAAAGUAUCAUAAUUAUCAGCUCAAACAAGCCCUGGAUACCUUGAGGCAAAACUAUCCCCAUGCCAAGAUUAUUUAUGCUGAUUACUAUGGUGCAGCCAUGCGUUUCGUUCAUGCCCCACUGCAUCAUGGAUUUAUUGGUGGGAUUCUAAAAGCAUGCUGUGGAGGUGGAGGUCCAUACAAUUUCAAUAACUCAGCUAGAUGCGGUCACACUGGAUCUGAAGCAUGUAAAAAUCCAUCUAUUUACUCAAACUGGGAUGGAAUUCAUCUAACCGAGGCAGCAUAUCGUCAUAUCGCCCUGGCUUUGAUCAAUGGCUCUUAUUCUACACCAGCUCUCAUGUCCUCUCCCCUUUGAGAUUGAAUGAAAUCAGGAAAUUAUUUCCCAUGCAAUAAAUUUACAGUCCAGGGUUUCAUUUAAAUGUUCAUUAGAGACCAUGGAACAAGCUAGGAUCCAUUUAUGUAUAAAGCUGAAGCAAUCCUGAGGGAAACAAUGCAGAAAGACAUUGUUAAACGCAUUCAAGGCUACUAUGAUUGUUAUUAGCAUGAUGUUAAC